ACGAAAAACAACCCUGAAACUACGGAUAAAAGGAGAAAUAAUCACGUCUGAUCACAUCGUGACGACUAUUAACCACACCAAAAGUGCAACACCUCAGCUAGAUGCAAGUAUAGUAACAAAAACACCCUGAAUUAAUUUGUUGUGGGUGAAGCUCUGACAUUUGGAGAAGGUGGUAGAGGGUCUUUUAGUCGUCUGAAGUGAACGCUUUGAAUGAUCCAGACUCUAAACAUAGGAGCUUUGCUAUUGGUGGAGGAUUAGAUACCAAACCUGCAGAUAUUAACCUCCCUGGUUGUUCACGAUUUAAAGGCUUUGUUCAGAUUGAAGGCAGAUCUUCUGUUUCUCAAAUUAGAUCUUUUAAGACGAGACUGUCUGCACUUAUUUGCAAGUGCUAUGGUUUGAUUUAUGUGUCCGGACACCACCAUGGGUGGUUGUGGUAACGACACAGAGAUCAGCAAACACAGAGCUUGUGGCGCGGCCUAAAAUAGUCAAACGCUGGUAGAUUUAGGGCUGUGACGGCUCGAUAUGGAGAUUCGUUCAGUUGACCAAUGCAGCGAUGAAGCCUCUCCCCAAAGAACCAGCUGAUAAUUUAUUUUGGUUGUUCUUCUCAUAUCAUACGCCAUUUUGAGUUAGAGCAUCUACACUGCAAAAAUACUCAGCUUGAACAAAACAAAAGAAUUAAAAGUAUAUUACUUAAAAUAAGCAAAAUGAUCCGUCGAUAAAACAGGAAAAUCAGCUAAUAUAUCAUCAGACAUCUACAAACUAUUGGUUUUAGACUGAAAAAUAGUGGAUUUGCAAGAAAAUAUUAACAAAACAAUUCAGUCGAUAUGACCAAAAAUAUAUAUCACAGUCUUUUUUUUAAAUUCUGAUGGUAUCAUGUCAUUUUUAUUUUUAUUUUUUCAUGCAUAAUAAGGUGUUUACAACAUUUUCUACUGGUUAAGACAAGAAUUACUGCAGUAGAUUGACUUAAUGAACUAUUUUAUUCUAUAGUAGUCAUGCAGGUUUGCACGGCCCCAGAAAAUGAUGCUGCACCUUUUAGAAAACCAAUACAGGGCUCUUAAGUUUGGAGUUACACAUACUACGUACUACUCUAUUACUCUAAUAAAGGACAAAUUCCUUUAAACCAAAUAAAUUAUUUUGUUUAUGACUUUAAAGACAAAUAAAAAUGAAAUGAUGAAGCUCUUCUCUGCACAUGCGGCAUUCGUGGAAGGUGUGAUCCCUGUGCGACCACUUCACCUGGCAACAAGAAAUACUAUUUUCUGAUUGGCUGAUAGGUGACUGAUUCAAGAAGCAGGCUGUUGUCGCGUCUUCCACUCAUAGAUUACUAAUCUCUUUUAUAUGCAGUUAAUGUUACUAAGUUUAUGGUACUAAUGUGCAGCGACUUUUCUCACUUCUCAGUGUGAGAAAUGUUGCGUGGCGUGUGAACUUAUGCAUAAAGAGUGACGCAACUCGCAACUUCAGCCCGACAACACUUGCAUUAAAUGUUUUUUUUUUUGGUUGAUGUCAGACUACUCGGCCUUCACACCAGUGAGGCGAAUUCUCGUAGAUUUCAGUUUCUGCCGUGUGUGGAGCCUUCACAGACAUCUGACUGGAACCGUGUGGUUUGAGUUUCCGUUAGACUUUAAAAAAAACAGAUUUGAUCCAACAGUCUGAACAGAGCCUAAAAGCAGCCUGUGGUUUUUAUGUGUUCAUCACAAGGAGGGCUACCGGGUUGAUAAGUGAACCACCAAAACGUCUGUCUCUACAACACAGGACGGGGGCGUAUGUGAAAGGUCUUCUCACCAGUUUGUACUGCCAUGCUGCAACAUCUCGCUUUCACCGAGGUCUCUGGGGAUGGCAGGUAAGUGGGACAGAGUGUGGUUUUCAGAUGUUGGGUGUUUUCAACGAUGGACAUUAAUUUUCUUUUUCUUUUUUUUUUUUUACCCCCAAAUAUUUAUAGAUUUUCAUUUGCACACACACGGACAAGACUAAUCAUUGCAAGAGGGGGAAGGAAGAGGUGAAGAACAUCCAGUCCGAUACAGGGGAAAGGUGUGGGAAAAUGUCGAGUGAAAUGGCAACUCCCAAGAACACACCCCGAGGUGCGAACGCCGCGGUGUCCCCCAACCGCAUCACCCGGCUCCAGGAGAAGGAGGACCUGUGCAACCUCAACGACCGCCUGGCCACCUACAUCGACAAGGUCCGCUCCCUGGAGGUGGAGAACGCCGGCCUGCGCCUCCGCAUCACCGAGUCCGAGACCGAGGUGAGCCGGGAGCUGACGGGCCUGAAGGCCGCGUACGAGACGGAGCUGGCCGAUGCCCGUCAGACCCUGGACUCGGUGGCCAAAGAGAGGGCCCGUCUGCAGCUGGAGCUGGGCAAGGUGAAGGAGGACUACAAGGAGCUGAAAGCCAGGAACACCAAGAAGGAGUCGGAGUUGGCAGGAGCCCUGCAGAGGCUCAAAGACCUGGAGGCUCUGCUGAACUCGAAGGACGCUACGCUGACCACGGCUCUGGGAGAGAAGCGCAACCUCGAGGUCGAAAACAGGGACCUGAAGGCGCAGGUCGCCAAGCUGGACACCACCCUGGGCGAUGCCAGGAAGCAGCUGCAGGACGAGAUGCUGAGGAGAGUGGACGGAGAGAAUCGCAUCCAGACUCUCAAAGAGGAGCUGGACUUUCAGAAGAACCUCCACUCUGAGGAGCUGCGGGAGGUAAAGAGGCGUCACGAGUCCCGCAUGGUCGAGCUGGAUAACGGCCACCAGCAGGACUUUGAAAGCAAACUGGCGGAAGCGUUGGUGGAGAUGCGCAACCAGCACGAACUGCAGAUUAAAAUGUACAAGGAAGAGGUCGAGAAAACCUACAACACCAAGCUGGAAAACGCUCGUAUGUCGGCGGACAGGAGCAGCCACUUGGUGGGAGCCACUCACGAGGAGCUCCAGCAGACCCGAAUGCGCCUGGAGUCGACGUCGGCUCAGCUCAGCCAGCUGCAGAAACAGUUGGCGGCCCGCGAGGCGAAGGUGAGGGACCUGGAGGACGCUCUGUCCCGGGAGCGAGACACCACGCGCCGCAUGCUGGGAGAGAAAGACCGAGAAAUGGCAGAGAUGAGGCAGCAGAUGCAGCAGCAGCUGGAUGAGUAUCAGGAGCUGCUGGAUGUGAAGCUGGCCCUGGACAUGGAGAUCUGCGCCUACAGGAAGCUGCUGGAGGGAGAGGAGGAAAGGCUGCGUCUGUCCCCCAGCCCCCCUCCCACCAGAGUGACAGGAAGUCGCUCCUCUACGUCGGCGGCUCACUCUCGAUCGAUCAACUGCAGCGCUCAGGGCUCCCCCCUGAAGAGGCGCCGCCCCAACGACACGGACAGCGAGGCCAGCUUCUCCGGAGCCGUGGCCCGCACCCGCAUCACCCAGCAGGCCUCGGCCAGCGGGAGGUGCACGGUGGACGAGGUGGACCUGGACGGGAAGUACGUGAAACUCAGCAACAAAUCAGACGAGGACCAAAACCUGGGGAACUGGCAGGUGAGGCGUCAGGUGGGAUCCGGAGCUGCCAUCAGCUUCAAGUUCCCGGCUAAAUUCACCUUGAAGGCCGGUCAGAGAGUCACGAUCUGGGCCUCUAACGCUGGUCGAACCCACAAUCCUCCCUCUGACCUGGUGUGGAAGACUCAGGCCAGCUGGGGCACCGGGGACCUGUUCCAGACCACUCUGAUCAGCGCCAACGGAGAGGAAAUGGCGAUGAGGAAGGUGACCCGCACUCAGUUUGAAGAAGAUGAUGAUGAUAUGCAGGUGGCUCACAGCACCUGUGGGGACAGCGAGUACAACCUGCGGAGCCGGACAGUCGUGUGCGGCUCGUGUGGACUUCCUUCGGACAAAUCCAGCAACUGCUCCGUGUCCUCCGUCUCCCGCUCCUUCCGCAGCGGAGGCAUCUCCGAGGGUUUACUGCCGCACUCCUACGUCAUCAGCACGAGCACACCUCGCAAGACUGGAGGCAGAAUGGAGACCUGUCCAAUCAUGUGAACCGUCCGGAUCCAUGUUUAAACACUUAAUUACACUUCAGUCAUUAAUUGUUUAGUUACUCCUAGUUGUAGUUAUUACUUGAGUUCAUUUAGCCUGGAAUACGUUUCAGAAUAUCGUAUGCGAUAAAAAUUGAUACUGCUUUUUUUUAUAUGUACAUAGGCAUGCUCAUGAAGCAUAUUCUUGAAUUUAAACGUUGAUUAAACUUUUUUGUUUUUGUUUUUAUUCAUCACAUUUAAUUCUGUUUAACAUGAGUCAGUGAAAUAUGAACGUACUGUACCAACUAUUGAAACGGUUCUUCAUUAUUUUUAGUUUUUAGUAGAAGCAGGUGAAAUGAAAAUGACUUAAUAUAGAUGGUCCAUAGACAAACUGACGCACCAAGCGUCAAGUCUUAAUAAUUUUAGCAAAAUCAUUUUUAGUUUUUCAUUUAUUUUAGUAAUUGAAUGAAAUAAACGGAAUCCAGUCUUGCCCUCAAUCUACGGGCUGUUAUGUUUUUCUACUGAUAUCAAUAAAUGAAUUUUCAG